CAAGGGCUCCCUUUAGAAAUCUACUAACGUACGGGGGUGUACACCAUAAAACCCCCCUAGGGUUACAAAUUCAAAAAUACUCAAACCACCGAACUCCAUGGCGCGGUUUUCCCACUCCUAACGCUCCAGCUUCGUCUCGAAGCGAAAACCCUAAUUCAGCGUCAGAUCGAGACCAAUCAAUUUCUGAAGAAAAAUUCUCUAUCGAAAUUGCCAAUGGAUAAGCACUGGCGAGUGGUGUGUGGGGAGAACCAACAGCUGGUGGAGUUCAUGUGGAAGAAGAGGCAGGAGAUGGCGGAGAGACCCAGAGGCAUUUCGGAGAACAUCGAGAGGACUCUUCAGAAAGCGUGUGCCAACGUGUGCAGUUCAAAGACUCCCAUCAAAACCCUAAAAGAUUUCUCCCAAAUCAAGGGUGUGGGAAAAUGGAUAUUGAGGCUCAUGCAGGAGUUUUUUGGGACUGAAUCUGGUUCUUCUGAACAGGAGGAAUCAACUAACAAAGGGAAGAAAUCUAAAGGAACUAAACGCUAUGUUCCGCAAAAGAAUUCCGUGCCCUAUGCGCUGUUGAUCACUCUUUACAGGGGGACUGCAACUGGUAGUGAUUUUAUGCGUAAACCGGAGCUGAUUGAUGCUGCUGAAGCAAGUGGGCUUUCUCGGGUGCCAAUUAGGCCAGAACUAGGAAAAGGAAAACCUGGACAAUUUGGAAGCUCACCAAGGGAGUGGUAUAGUGGAUGGAGCAGCAUGAAGACGUUAGUCACAAAAGGAUUGGUUGCAAAGUCUAGUAACCCUGCAAAAUACAUGCUGACUGAAGAAGGUCGAGAAGCAGCACAAGAAUGUCUCUCGAGAUCUGGUCUGGUUGAUGCAACUGAGAGUUUGAUUGCAACCGAAAGACUUCCCAUUGUGGACCUAAGCACCAUUUCAGAUUUAGAAUGUGUCCGUCCUGAUGUCACUGGAGGAGUGACGAUGGGAUCAGUAAGUUCAAGUUCGCAGAACAAAUCAGUUGUCACUAAAGGAGUGAUGUUUGGAUCUGUUGGUUCAAGUUUGCAGAAGAAAUCACUUGAUGUUCCCAUUGUGGACCUAAGCACCAUUUCAGAUUUAGAAUGUGUUCGUGCUGAUGUCACUGGAGGAGUGAUGAUGGGAUCAGUAAGUUCAAGUUCGCAGAACAAAUCAGUAGUCACUAAAGGAUCUGUUGGUUCAAGUUUGCAGAAGAAAUCACUUGAUGUUCCCCCUGAAUCUCUUGAUAGGUUUUUGCGCAUGGGGUACACAAAGGAACAAACUCUUAGUGCUUUCGCUGAAGUGUCAGAAACAUCGCAGAACAAGGAGAUCGCUUCCCUUUGGCCGGAGGUUCUCUGUCAUCUUCGAGAAGAGCAAGUUUAUAAUUUGCCUUUGGAGUCUCAGAAGAGUCAAAAUGAGGAUUUUCUUGCAUUAUCAUAUACUUCCAAAUCCAGAGAUGGCCAUUUAGAUCUUGUAAUGACAGAGAAUACUCGGAUGGAAUUGGGUUGUAGUGGUGCAUUACGUAUUACGAAGUCUUCAUGUCUUACUGCGGAUAGCUCCUUUACUUUGGAAGCUUGCUCCUCAAAUGCUCAGAUGGAAUUGAAUUGUAGGGGUGCAUUACGUAUUGCAAAGUCUUCAUGUCUUAGUGCAGAUAGCUCCUUGGAACCUUGCUCCUCAACUGGAUACCCAGUGUAUAAGCGAGGCCUAGAUGGAUCAGAACCGAAUAUGAAUUUUUAUGAGGGAGGCCUAGAUGGAUCAGAACCAAAUAUGAAUGCUUAUAAGGGAGGCCUAGAUGGAUCAGAACCAAAUAUGAAUGCUUAUAAGGGAGACCUAGAUGGAGCAGAACCAAAUAUGAAUAUUUUUACAAUGCCGCCGCUAAGAUUCGGGGAGAGGUUUGAGGAAGCAUACGAAGUAAUUUUGGUAUUGGAUGAUCGGGAGCAUUUUGCUUCUCAUGGGUCUCGGGCUGGGAAAAUUAUUGAGAACAUUCGCUCUCAGUUCAAAAUUCGAAUUGAGGUUAGACGAUUGCCUGUGGGAGAUGGAAUCUGGAUAGCUAGGGACAAACAACUACGUGUUGAAUAUGUUCUCGAUUUUAUUGUUGAGAGGAAGAACGUUGUUGAUUUACACUGCUCAAUCAGGGACAAUCGCUAUAGGGAUCAAAAACUACGACUUAUGAGAUGUGGACUCAAGAAGCUUAUAUAUAUGGUGGAGGGUGACCCAAAUUCAUCUGAAGCUGCAGAAAGCAUCAAAACAGCUUGUUUCACAACAGAGAUUUUGGAAGGAUUUGAUGUGCAGAGAACAAGUGGCUUGGGUGAUACACUGAGAAGAUACGGUUAUCUUACCCAGGCGAUUACUCAACACUGCAAAUUACUGUCUGCUAAAGGCCAACGGAAUAGCUUGGGGGUCUGUCCCACAUUUGGAGACUUCAUUAGAAGGUCCCAAAACUUGGAUAAGAUGACAGUCAGUGAUGUAUUUGCCAUCCAACUUAUGCAGGUUCCACAGGUAACAGAGGAGCUUGCCAUUGCUGUUCUUGAUUUGUACCCUACUCUGAUCUCUCUUGCUCGUGCAUACUCUCUUCUUGAAGGUGACCUUUGUGCACAAGAAGAAAUGCUGAAGAAGCAGAGUAACAACAUUAUUAGUGGUGCUGCCAGCAAAAAUAUCUUCAAACUAGUCUGGGGGAGCUGACUCUAAAUAUUCAUCUUCCGUAAGACCGAGUUUUUUCUGUUUCGGUGAAGAAGAUUAUGAGGAGAAUGCAAACGAAACAGCAGGUGACUGCAAGCAGCUUGUAUAGGAAUGAAUUGUAGUAGAGCAUGCCAUGCCAAGGCAAAAUGCCUAAAAUCAGGUAAAUAGCAGACGUAAUUGUACCUUUUUCGAACCUGGUCUUUACUAUGAAACAGCGCUAUCAAGUUGCAUCUGCGUAUUAACAACC